GUUAGAUUGUACUUUAUAUACAAAUGGAUAGUUGGAACUAUUUAUAAUUUCCCUUGAAUCUUUAUAUAACCUAUAUGGGGCAAGCAGAUGAGGGCAUGAGCAACGGUAAAAAUAAAGGUGCUAAUGCACCUACUGGUGCUGCUACGACUGGCAAAGAUACAGCAAAUACAGAGUUCUACACUGUACAAGUAUCUGAUUCUGUCUUUACUGUACUUAAGAGAUAUCAGAGCCUGAAACCAAUUGGUUCUGGUGCACAAGGAAUGGUAUGUGCCGCCCAUGAUACAGUACUUGGCCAACAUGUAGCCAUAAAGAAACUCAGUCGUCCGUUCCAAAAUCCGACACAUGCGAAGCGUGCCUACCGCGAGCUUGUCCUUAUGCGCGCUGUCAACCACAAAAAUAUCAUCGGUUUACUGAACGUUUUUUCACCCCAAUCUAGUUAUGAAGAUUUUUCCCAUGUGUAUCUUGUCAUGGAACUUAUGGAUGCUAGUUUAUGCCAGGUGAUUCAAAUGGAUCUUGACCACGAAAGACUCUCCUAUCUUCUCUACCAGUUACUUUGUGGCAUUAAACACUUGCAUUCUGCUGGUAUCAUUCACAGGGACUUAAAACCAUCCAACAUUGUAGUACGGUCGGACUGCACACUUAAAAUUCUUGACUUUGGUUUGGCAAGAACUGCAGGAGGUUCUUUUAUGAUGACGCCGUAUGUGGUGACACGAUAUUACAGAGCACCAGAAGUGAUUUUAGGAAUGGGGUAUCAAGAAGUAGUGGACAUAUGGUCAGUGGGAUGUAUCUUUGGUGAAAUGAUUAGAGGUCAGGUCCUUUUUCCUGGAAAUGAUCACAUAGAUCAAUGGAAUAAGAUAACAGAACAAUUAGGAACUCCAUCAGAGGACUUUAUCAACAAACUGCAGCCAACAGUGAGGAAUUAUGUUUUGAAUCGGCCAUUCCAAAGAGGACACCCAAUUCAUCGCUUGUUCCCUGAUAGUCUCUUCCCAGCUGACUCCGAGAGCAAUGGAAGACUCCGGUCAAGUCAGGCACGCGAUCUUCUUGCUAAGAUGUUGGUAGUUGACCCAAUUGGAAGAAUUACUGUUGAUGAUGCACUGCAACACCCAUAUAUUAAAAUCUGGUACGAUCCCAGCGAGGUAGAAGGCCCAGGUCCAAAAGUCGACGGCGGAUCAAUAGACGAGGUCGAUUACUCGGUUGAAAAAUGGAAAGAAGUAAUUUGGACAGAAGUAAAACUAUGGGACACAGUGGACACAACUGUCCCAAACCCGGUUAUACCGCUCUCGACAGCUGUACCAGAUCAACCUGCUGAAAAACUCGAACCCGAGAAGGCAGAGAGUAACCCAGACGUGCCUGCUGCUACUGCACAGGUUGUGAAAGCAGAAACGGAAGGAUAAAGCAGCUUAACCAUGUAGAUCUCGACCACGAGCGAGUAUUUUACUUGUUUGAUCAGAAUCACGUAUUUUGAGUCGUUGUCUAUAGUAUACUGGAUAUCCGUAUUCUUACUUAUCACAAGUUUAACGCAUGCUUGCCUUUACUAUUUUACCGACAGUAACGGAGCUCGCCCGAGUAGUAUAAACCACUUGCGUUGGGUGCUCUGAGGUAUAACCUAUUCGCUGGUGUUUCAACUACGAUUUUUUCAUGAUUAGAUUCGGAUACACGCGCGGUACUCGCAAAGAGUAAUCUUCACAACGUUACAAACAUACCGAGCGCAAUUGUCUAUACACGUUGGCUUAUUCAGCUUUUUUCAACACGGAUCCGCGUGAGAUUCCGUGCACGGUUGUUGCUGUAUUCAAUCAUACGUAUAUUUGCAGCGCUAAGCUCUGUGCAAUUGCUGGCCGUUAAAAAACGAAUUGAUCAAUUUCCACGCCUUGAUUCGUGUAAUUUUUCAUGGUAUUUGCUCAAAUCCGUAAAAUCGUUUGAACAGCACCGGUCCUGAUCGUCUAUUUUAUGUAGUAACACUAUUGUACUCGUGCACUUCUUUACUAAAAGUUGCAUACAUGGAAUUGAAAA